AUGAGAGACAGAAGAACUGCGCUACAUAGUGUUAAACGAUCUGCAAAGUCUUCUUCGAAAAGAUAUGUCUCUACUGAGGACGCCCAAAUCUCCAAUUGGGUUGAUCAGUUGAAUCAGGCUUUGGACGAUCUAUCUGAAUCUCGAACUAGUACCCGGGAACAUUCUUUGGAGACACUUGUAAACUGUUUUGCUUGCCAUAAUGUCUCCUCACAGAUUGAGCACCGUUUAUUAGAGGUUUUAGCUUUGUUGAAAAAGUCACUUACAAAAAAUGCUAGCAUAAAAGAAGCAUGUCUCGCAGCUAAAGGCAUUGCACUGACAUUUAUCAACAUGGAUGAUAUCUCGGAAAGUGAUGGUGAUGACUUGUAUCGAAAAAUUUUGCCGUCUCUAAGAAAUACUAUCAAAGAUAGUGACGACAUCGAAAUCAAAAUUAGUUGUCUUCAAACAUUAUCUUUAAUCACAUAUAUUGCCGCAUCAGAUAUAGAUAAGCUACUGGUUCGAAACUAUUUGUUCGACCUAAUUGAAACAGACGGUGCUGAUUUUAAUGUAGAGAAUUUUACAAGUCAUGAAUUAGACAAACUAUUCUGUGAGGCUGUUCAUGCUUAUGGAUUACUCUUCGCUGCUUCAUUUUCGAUGGGAUUUGUCAAUUUUGAGGUUUUAUGGGAGGAGGUGGAGAAAGUUAUGCCAGUUCAUGAGUUAUUGCUGGAAUCCUCGGACAAGGAUGUGCGAAUUGCUGCAGGAGAGAAUGUUGGCCUUAUUUUUGAGACAGUAAACAUUUUUGCAACUUCAGAUGAUGAAGAAGACGAUGAUGAGCUGGAUGAGGAACAAACGAGUGACGCAGAAGAUUCAGGGAAGCCUGAAUAUGAUAAUAUGGAUGGUUUGAUUCGCACAUUAAAGGACCUCUCAGUGGAUAGUAGUCGACGAAGAGCCAAGAGUGAUCGGGCUGAACAAAAGUCAGUAUUCCGCGACAUUGUUCAAAGUGUAGAAGAGAAUGUGAAGCCCAUUGAAGAGUUAAAAAUUGGUGGUAGAGUUUUGACUUUCCGUGGUUGGGCCAAGAUCUUACCUUUGAAUUGUUUUAGAAAAAUACUUGGCCAAGGUUUCCAAUAUCAUUUAAAAACAAACCCCAUGAUGAGCUCGAUCUUUCAUUAUUCAACUGGUGGCCCGCACUAUUAUGAUAGUGAUUCCGACGACGAUACAAGCUUUGAUAUCUCAGAGCUGAGCAAUGUGGACAAAAAAUACUUAUUUGAAGAAAAUAAAAAGUCGAGAACGAAGCAUUUGCGCAAUGCCAGACUUGGUAAAGAGAACCCUCCCGUAUAUUAA